AUGCGUCUCUCUUACGCCGUGUCUCUUCUGCCUCUGGCUGCCUUCGUCGGCGCCCUUGAGGUCACCUCCCCCAAGAAGGGCGAAGAUGUCGAUCUCUCCAGCUCUUUCACCGUGACCUGGGAUACCGUCUCGACUGACCCCUCCACCUUCGACCUCUACCUGGUCAACAACGCCGUCUACCCCACUGUAGAGAAGAAGGUCGCCUCUGAUGUCGACACCUCCAAGGGAUCUUACACCGUGUCCGGCCUGUCCGGCGUCACCGAUGGCUCCGGCUACCAAAUCAACCUCCUCUCCACCUCUUCCACGAACAGCGGUAUUCUCGCGCAAUCCGAGCAGUUCACCGUCGAGGGUGGUUCCAGCUCCACCACCACCGCCAGCGCCUCCAUGACUACCUCCGCCUCUUCUUCUUCCUCUUCCUCUACUGGCACUUCUACUGGUACUGAUACCUCCUCCACCUCUUCCUCAUCCUCCACUGGAUCCAGCUCCAUCACCACUGCAAGCACCAGCACAAGCUCCACCUCCAGCAGCAGCACCAGCAAACUAACCACUACUACCUCGGGCGCUAACACUCUAUCGACUACAGCCUCCUCGACUCGUUCCGCCUCUGCCUCGGGUACUUCUACUGCCUCUGCCAGCGGUACCGAGACGACUGCCCCCGUCUCCACCGGCGCCGGUAUGGCUCUUACUGCGCCGAUGUCUGUUGCUGCGGGCUUGGUGAUGGGUGUUGUGGCUAUGCAGUUGUAA